UGAAGAUUUAUUUAGCCCACAGACACAGACAGCGGCGAGCAAAUGCAAAACCCUCAUAAAUUCUUUCUUCUUCUCAGCUUUCGAAAUGCAACGAAAGUAUGUCACUCUCCUUGACUUGCUUGAUGCUUUACUGUUCAUUUGUCAGAGUCUAAAAGCGUCUGAUUCACUUCGAAAUUUUCGGUGAGUAUCCUUCAAUGUUUGGCUUUUUGGGUUCAAGAUUAGCUUUGAAUAAGAGUGCUUCUUUGUUGGUCUCAAAUACCCAACUGGGUAUUCUUCCUUUUCGCUUAUUUUUCAUAAUCAGAUGCUUUUCGUCUACCAUAUCUUCUAAUUUGAAUGAACAGUCAUUCACAGUCUCAUAUCUCAUAAAUUCAUGUGGAUUGACCACAAAAUCUGCUCAAUCCGUCUCUAAGAAGAUAUGUUUUGAAACCUCUGAAAGACCAGACUCAGUGCUUAAGCUUCUCAGGGAACAUGGAUUCACCAAUUCCCAAAUCUGCAAAAUUGUUAGGAGUCGACCCCAGGUGCUUCUAGCGAAACCAGAAAAGACACUCUUACCCAAGUUUGAGUUUCUGCGUUCUAUAGGGGUUUCAAGAUCAGGACUUUGUAUACUUGUUUCUAGGAUUCCGGAUUUGUUGACUCGAAGUUUAGAGCAGUGUCUGAUCCCAAGUUAUGAGAUCCUUAAAACUGUACUUGUUUCUGAUGAGAAAGUAGUUAGGACCCUGAAUCGCAUGGGGAGCAGAUCUUUUUACUCUUUGCAGAAAAGAUUUUCUAACAAUUCGUCACUCUUAAGAGGGCUUGGAAUCUCUCAAUCUUUCAUCUCUUACUUGGCCACCCAAUGUCCGUCAGUCAUGUGCCGAGAAGUGGGCAAGUUUGCUGAAGGGGUUAAGAAGGUUUUGAAACUAGGAUUUGACUCUUCAAAAUUAACAUUUGUUGAGGCAGUCCGUGUUUUUCACCACAUGUCGCACAAAACAUGGGAACACAAAAUAGAGGUUUAUAGGAGAUGUGGUUUUUCUGAAGAUGAGAUCUGGUUGAUUUUCAGAAAGCAUCCCAUGUGCAUGGCUUUGUCUGAGAAGAAGGUCAUGGAUACAGUGGAUUUUCUUGUGUGCAAGAUGGGUUGGCAGCCUGCUGCUGUUGCCAGACGUCCAAUCACUCUUUGUCUUAGUUUGGAGAAGAGGAUUAUGCCUAGAUGUUCUGUUGUAAGAGUUUUGCUUUUAAAGGGUUUGAUUCAGGGAGACAUCCAUUUAUCCUCAGUGUUUAUGGCUUCUGAAAAGCUAUUCUUGGAAAGGUUUGUGAUCAAGUAUCAAGAACAUGUGCCCCAAUUACUGGAUAUCUAUCAAGGAAAAAUGGGUCUUACAGAACUUGGGUUUGGGUUUGAUGAUAAGUUUAAGAUUUCUGGGUUAAAAAAUGUCUAGCCAGCAGCAUGUCGAUCUUAAACUCAUUAAUUGCAAUUUGAUGUUACUUUCUUAUUGAUUCCUUUGGUGCAUUGAUAAAGCUUUAAUGAGUAACUUUGAUAACUUGCUGUUACUUGUCA